AUGGACGAAACGAUUGCGUAUCUACACAUUGAGCCUUCGAAUUUUGACCUCAUCAUCAUAGGCACUGGACUCUCGGAAUCCAUCCUAGUUGAUGCAUCCUCAGCUGCCGAUAAAACCAUCAUCCAGCUCGAUCCCAAUUCAUUGUACGGUUCUCACUAUGCCUCUCUUCCCCUCCAAGACUUUGUCUCCUUCCUCCAAUCUCAGCAGCUCCAAUCUCAAUCAUCUUCCAAUCCCCAAGUUCCUCAGACUGAUGAUACCGAAAAUUACGUUUGUGUCCCUCUUAUUGCUCGCCCCCUCUACUCAUCACUAGAAAUCAACUCCUACUCCUCCGAGUCCCUCUAUAAUUCGAGAAAAUUCUGCCUCGAUUUGACGGGACCUCGAGUUUUGCUCUGCUCCGACCCUAUGAUUGAUUUGAUCAUUAAAACGAGCAUAAAUCAGUAUAUGGAGUUCAUGAGCGUAGGUGCUAGCUUCACGAGCGACGUAGAAGGAAACUUGGGUGCUGUGCCUGACGCCUAG